AGGGUUUUGCUGAGGUAUAAAAAAUGGCGACUCGCUUCUUCACUCGCUCUCUCCUCACAACCAAACAAACCAUCUCUUCGGUCCUCUCUCGCUCCUACAUCUCUAUUUCUCUCUAUACUCCAUCUUCUCUCUCUACUCCUUCCUCUAUCCUCCGCCUCCGCCCUCUCGUCGCUGUCUCCGCCCACUUCCGCCGCCUCUCUCCGGCGGCGUCUUCCAUCCGAGGGUUCUCCACUCGCCAGACCUCGUCGUCUCUCAACGAUCCGAACCCUAACUGGUCCAAUCGUCCCCCGAAGGAGACGAUACUGCUCGAUGGUUGCGAUUUCGAGCACUGGCUUGUUGUUGUGGAGAAACCUGAGGGUGAACCCACCAGAGACGAGAUCAUCGAUAGCUACAUCAAAACCCUAGCUAAAGUUGUUGGGAGUGAGGAGGAAGCAAGGAUGAAAAUCUAUUCAGUCUCAACUAGACACUAUUUUGCAUUUGGAGCCCUUGUAUCUGAAGAAGUUUCAUACAAAAUCAAAGAAUUGCCAGGGGUUCGUUGGGUGCUUCCUGACUCUUACUUGGAUGUUAGGAAUAAAGAUUAUGGAGGGGAGCCUUUCAUUAAUGGACAAGCUGUACCUUAUGACCCCAAGUACCACGAGGAAUGGGUGAGAAACAAUGCUCGGGCAAAUGAUAGAAAUAGGCGCAAUGACAGACCUCGUAACUUUGACAGAUCAAGAAACUUUGAAAGGAGGAGAGAGAAUAUGCAGAAUCGAGAUUUCCAGAACCCUGGAUCCAACAUGGGGCCACCUGGAUCCAACAUGGGACCACCACCCAAUAUGGGACCAAUGCCCCCCAAUAACAUGGGAGGUGGCCAGCCCAAUAUGGGUGGGAUGCCACCUAAUAACAUGGGAGGCAUGCAGCAGCAAAACAUGGGACGAAUGCCUCCAAAUAAUAUGGGAAUGCCACCAAACAAUAUGGGAAGAAUGCCGCCGCCAAACAACAUGGGAGGACCGCCCAAUAACGCACCAAAUUUCCAAUAUGGGGGUGGACCUAACAAUGUAGGCAUGCCUUUCCAAAACCGGGAAAUGCCUGGUCCGGGACAAAACAGAGAAUACCAGCAUAACUAUGCUCCAAACACAUCAGGCGGAAACCCUUACCAGACCCAGGAUAUGCCUGGAAGAGAUAUGCCCCCACCACCAAAUUAUCAAUAGAGGCACGCUGUAGAUAUCCAAGUAUGAAGUAUUAUAUUUUGUUUUAAUCGCUUUGAAGGUGGCUAGAAAACUUGUGGAUGUUAUUAUGGUUCAAUGCUAGACUUUUAAGAACUGGUUGGAUGUGCAAAUAAGAUUGUAUGAUUUCUUAUGGCAUGAUUUCAAAUAGUUCUUCACAUUGUUUCAAA